GAGGUUUACAAAGAUUGUUUUCGUGAUUGAGGAACUCAAGUUAAAAUUUAUAUAAUUAAGAAGGCUAAUGAUAGACCAUACAUUCACAUAUGCUACAUGAUUAACUAUAGGGUCUUAAACUAAAGUAAAUGAAAAUAAAAUAUAUAGAAUAAACUCCCAUAAAAUGUAAGAAGUGACUGUUCUUAAGCGCAUAUAUAUAUAUACACACAUGUUCAACCACAACCAUCAACAUAGUAUAGCAGAUUAAGCGCCCUCUUACGUGCACAAAUAUACACAUAAGUUGUAGUAUUGGUUGUGUGUGAAAGAGUCUGAGAAUUCAAGAGAUAUGCUUGACUGGGGAGUUGAUCAAGUCCAUCACCGAAACCAUGAUCUUUAUCAACAACAACAGCAACAACAAGGAUGUAGAAAGGGACCAUGGACACCUGAAGAAGACAAACUUCUUGUUGAGUAUGUUACUUCGAAUGGGGAAGGAAGAUGGAGCUCGGUUGCUAAGUGUGCAGGGUUGAAUAGAAGUGGCAAAAGCUGUAGACUAAGGUGGGUGAACUACUUAAGGCCAGGGCUUAAGAGAGGACAAAUCACUCCUCAAGAAGAAGGAAUCAUCCUAGAACUUCAUUUUUGGGGUAACAAGUGGUCAACAAUCGCAAGAUAUUUACCAGGACGAACAGAUAAUGAAAUCAAGAACUAUUGGAGAACCCAUUACAAGAAGAAAGAAAAAUCUUUUUCGAAGCAAGAAAAAGUCAAAAGAUCCCGGAAACAGCUAGAUCUGAAACCCAAACCACAACAGCAACCUCAUCAGCAGAAUCAAUCGUCUCACUUUGUGUCUGAAGACCACAUGAAUCUCGACAACGAGCAAAACACUUUCUCUUACCAGACUGGUGUCUUCAGUGACCAAUUUCAUAUGCCUCAAGUUGUUGCAGCAACCUCAAGCGACCACUCCAUGAUGGAUGAAGGUAACUUGUGGGGCAGCUUGUGGAGUCUAGACGACCAUGAUCCACACCAUUUUGGUGGUUUCUCGGAACAGAGAACAGCUGCUAACGUUUCUGAGAAGUUUAACGGCUGCGGAAUUGAUGCUCCGUUCUGUGGAUCAUGGGAUUAUAGUUAUAAUGGAUUUAACACUGGAGGCUAUAAUUAUUAAUUAGUAUGUACGGAGAUAUGAAGAAAGCUGCGUCUUCGCACGGUUUACUAGAAGAAAGAAAGAUCUCGAUUUGUAUUUACUAACCUUCGUAGUGCCUUACUAAAUUGACCGGACUAGUGAGGCUAAUAAAAUUGUUUGAAAUAAUUAUAUGUCUCCACAAAUCUACUUUUUUUUCUUUUGUAAAAGCUUUAUGAAAUCAAGUCUCCUGAUUUAUCGUUUCAAACUA